AUGUUUCCAGUCAACGUCAUUUGGAGUCCUCCAGAUAUCAACCCAAUCAACAGCAGAGCAAGGGGCAUCCCGGUCUUCAACCCCAUCGACAGGUAUGGACGGUAUGCCUUUCCACCCCUCCUGACUCGGACGAUCCGACAAGACCUCAAUCUCUCGCAGGCAGAAGUCGCCAACUCUAACAUCGUCGCAUUGACAGCGACCAUGAUCGUCCGUGUCACUAGGUUCUUUAAUCUGAAUGUCGUUGGGACUGCCAAUACGCUGACGGGUGGUCUGGGUAACUCUGGCGGAGGAAUCACCUACUUCGCCAUGCCGGCGAUUUUCGAUUCUCUCGUUCAUCACCGUGGCCUUACUCCGCAUAUCGCCUGGCGUGUGGCCUUCAUCGUUCCAUUUAUCUUUAUCACCACCAUUGCCGUUGGCAUGCUCCUUCUCUGUGAUGACACUCCGACUGGGAAGUGGUCAGAUCGGAUGAAGAAGCUCGAUGAAAAUCAUAAUAAGUCUCGCCAAGAUGGCCUCAUCCCGAAGAAGGAAAAGGAUGUUUCUGAAUUGGAAAUGGCCGUCGAAGGCGAAACAGAGGUGAUCAGCGAGUACCAUCACGAAGCGAUCCGGAGCCCGACUCUAAAAGAGACCCUGGAAGUUUUCCUCUCCCCCCAAACCCAAUUGGCCAUCAACAGCUAUCUAGGCUCGUACUACUUGACGAACGUCUCACCGCUUGGACAGCCGGGGAGUGGCCGGUGGGCGGCGAUGUUUGGACUCCUGAACGUUGCCUUCCGCCCGGCAGGAGGCGUAGUAGCCGAUUUGCUAUAUAAAUACACAGACGGAAAUCUCUGGGCGAAGAAGAUGUGGGUUCAUUUGGGUUGUGUCGGGUUCACGGGCGCUUGGGGGAAUCUCGGGGGCAUCGUCUUCGCCGUCAUCUUCCGCUACCAUGGCACGGACUACGCGAAGACACAUUGGAUCAUUGACAUCGUGAUCAUCGGGAUAAAUCUGGCCGGGUGCUGGAUCUGUCCUGUGUCGAUAGACCAAAUUGGGGCAAGAUAA